AUGAUCAUUAAAGAGUUUCGCAUAAUUCUGCCUUUAACGGUCGAUGAAUACCGUGUUGGACAGCUGUGGGCUGUUGCAGAGGCAUCCAAAAAUGAAACCGGAGGUGGAGAGGGAAUAGAGGUUCUGGUAAAUGAACCAUUUAGUCCUCAAGUCAAUCCUCCUGAGUCACCUUUAAAAGCUAAUGAUGAAGAAUUCUCCUCUGGGCAGUACACUCAUAAACGCUUUUAUCUGGCCAGGAAAGUACCUGGUUAUGUACGUUUGCUUGCGCCAAAAGGAUCACUUGAAAUUGACGAAAGGGCCUGGAAUGCGUACCCUUACUGUCGUACAGUUUUACAGAAUCCUAAAUAUAUGCAAGAUAACUUUACUCUGAUGAUUGAGUCUAUGCACGUACAAGAUAAAGUUAAUAUCGAAAAUAUUCACAACCUUUCACCAAAGCUCUUGGCUCAACGAGAAGUUAUUUAUAUUGAUAUUGUAAAUGAUCAAUUGCACAGUGCUUCUGACUAUGAUGCAACAUGUGAUCCUAGAAUAUAUCAGUCAGUAAAAACUGGUCGAGGUCCAUUAGUAGGCCCAAGAUGGUGGGAAAACACAGACCUACCAAUAAUGUGCGCCUACAAACUUGUCACAUGUGAAUUUAAAUGGUGGGGUAUUCAAGGCCGAGUUGAAAAUAUGAUACAGAAUCAAGAAAGGCGAAUUUUCCUUAAUUUCAACCGUCAGGUUUUUUGUUGGCUUGAUAAAUGGCACGGACUUUCUAUGGACGAUAUACGGGCUAUAGAAAGUAAAACUAAAGAAGAAUUGGAUCAGUCAUAUAUUGCAGGCUGUUGAUCAAGAUUUCUGGAAGCUUUUGUCUAUUAUUCUUAAGUACGUUGUUUGCUUAAUGAAUUCGGUAAAGCACAAACAAUACUUGACGGCAGAUCAGUAUACAACUUAUCGAUAAUUAUCGGACGCCUAACUAAAACUCGUGGAUUGCAAACACUAGAAAAUCUGGCAGGUUCCUGACCUGGUCGUCGUUGCAUUCAUCACAUAUUCACCAUUCUACAGAUCGUAGAACACAGGGAUGCUUAACGGCGUCCGACAAUAAUACUUUUUCUUGGCUUAAAAGCAACAUUUGACUCUGUAGACCGAGAGGUUCUGUUGCAGCGUCUAUCAUUGAAAGGCGUACCUCAGAAGCAUAUAAACCUUGUGAAGGCUCUUUACUCGAACACUAGUCAAAUGAGAGCUCAUGGCGAACUGCCAUCUGAUUUCAC